AUGAGCAGAGCACUAUUUCGUUCCUCACAUGGAGUUUCUACUCUACAUCCACGUCGUUCUCGACAAAAAAACAAACAAUCUUCUGAACCAUGCAGUUCAAAAGAUGCCAAUCGUCGAGGCACACUUGUCUCCAUAAAUCUGCCGUCAAGACCCUAUGCUAUUCGUCCACUCGAUCUGCUCAACAAUGAUCGAUCCUCAUUGAGCAUCGAACAAUGGUAUCUUCUUUCCAAUGUGAUCAAUUCGUUCAAUGCCAAAUCACAAAUCUCAAAUGUUCGACAAGCCAUCACUACUCAUGUUGCAAGUCCACCGAAAGUACGCAUGAAGACUGCUCUAAACAGUUUACAAAACAUUUUCAAUUUUAUUCUUCAACCUAUUCUUCCUUUUAUCCAAGGCAUUCCACAUUUUUCAACUAUGCCAUUAAACGAUUGUAAAAUUCUUCUUGAACGCAAUAUGGAAAUUCUCAUCGUUAGCAAGGCGAAUUUUACUUAUCGACAGACCGAUUUGUAUAGUGAUCCGGCAUAUAGAAUGGCUGCAGAGGGUUGUUGUGGUACACCGAUGAUGGAUGAACGUUUCAAAUUAGUUGCUCAAUUUGAGACCGAUGAAACUUUAUUUAAUCUCUUCUUCACUGUUUUAUGCUUCUCCACAAGUUUCUACAUUCCAAAAUUGUCUAUGAAUAAAAGUGAGUAUUCAGACUAA